AGAAUUGAUAAUAGUGCAAAUAAGAACAGUGACAAUAUAUUGACAAGUUCGCAAUCAUUAAAUAUAGAAGUUGAUAGUAGUGUGAAUAAUAGCAUCAAUAUAUUGACAAGUUCACAGCCAUUAAAUGUAGAAAUUGAAGAAAUUGAUAAUGAUAUUCAGCAGCAAAAGAUCGACAAACUUUUAGAGCACAUAAUUGACUUUUUCGAUUCAAUUCUCACGACAUUUAUAGAUAUAAUCAAAAAAGUUGCUAAAGAACAACUUAAUCAACCAAAAUAUUUAAAAAUAUAG